UAAAUUCUAAAUAGUCCUCAUGUUAACAGACUGACUUUGUAUCUUUUACUUCUUCACCACCUUUCCUCAUUUUUUCAUACAUUUUCUCAUUCCUUCUCCUUUUCCUCUGUAUUAUAAAUGAGCAUAACCCUGCAACACUGCACAUUGAAGCAAUGUCAAAGAGAACAUUCAUCCAAGCACCAGAUGUUUCCUUUAGCUCUAAUUACCAUCCAUCCUCUUCUUCAUCUACAAAUGUAGUUCUUGAAGAAAUGGACUCUCUCUCCAUCAAGCCUUACUGCGCCAAUGACUUAAAGAAGAGAGACAAUGCCAGUGUGGAAGAAGAAAGCCAGGAUGGAGAAAAGAACAAUGGUUUUAUUGGCUGUAGUUUCACAAAGGUCAGUGCCAGGGGCCAUUGGACACCUUCAGAGGACUCCAAGCUCAAAGAACUAGUAGCUUUAUAUGGCCCUCAGAAUUGGAACCUCAUUGCGGAGAAGCUAGAGGGAAGAUCAGGUAAGAGUUGUAGGCUAAGAUGGUUUAACCAACUGGAUCCUAGGAUCAAUAAAAUGGCAUUCAGUGAAGAAGAAGAAGAGAAGUUAAUGGCUGCUCAUAGAUUCUAUGGGAACAAGUGGGCACUGAUAGCAAGGCUAUUUCCGGGGAGAACAGACAAUGCAGUCAAGAACCAGUGGCAUGUUUUAAUGGCCAGAAAGUAUAGGGAGCAGUCCAGUGCUAAUAGGAGGAGGAUGUUGAACCAAAAUGUAACAAGAAAGAUGGAGGAAGAAGCUUCAGUGAGAACAGCUUGCACAUUUUCUAGUCCUAUGGAUGGUUCUACUCAGUCACAACAGAACAAUGGAGGAAAUGCAGUUUCCAGCUUUGGUACAAAGGUAGAUGACAUUCUAUACAUAUAUGGCAGCAAUUGGCCUUGGGAGAGGUCAAGAGAUGAGUCUUUUAUUGACAUUACAUAUCAUCCUUCAACCAAUGAGGCAAUGCAACACACUAGUUACCAAUCCAGCAUUGUAACUACAGAAUUUUCAUCUUAUGAAGAGAACAAAGAAGAUAGCCACUUUGAACCAAUGAACACUUCACUGCCUUUCAUUGAUUUCCUCGGAGUAGGAACACUUUGAAGGAAAUAUCUCAGAGAACCGACGCAGUUCUA